UCCAAGUUGGGACGGUGUAAUUGGUGAGAAACGUGCAGCAGGAAUCAUCAAACAACAAUCUUCAGUCAUGAUGAGGAGUCACAAAACAUUCAUAAUUUUCCUUAUUUCAGUAACUGUCAUUGUCACCCACACUUUGUUAAAUUCUUCUUUGAAUAAAAGAUACUUCAACUUACCUGAUUUUAGAAAAAAGUGGCAAAUCUAUGCCGGCCAACUGAAAUGGGUGCUAUCUGGCCAGGUCUCCCCUGCAAACACAAUGAUUAUGAAAGGCCCACACCCAACCACAGAGCCUGGAAUUAUUUUUUUACAGACCUCCACUGAACUAAACCCUUCCCCAUUGGUCAUGUGCAGCAUCGAAUCAGCAGCUAGACUAAACCCAAACAAACCUGUUUAUUUCUUCAUGAAAGCAUUCACUGGGAACGUAUCUGCGUAUCGGGAACCUGAGUACAAAGGCAUCCCUCUGCUUUCUUCAUUCAAGAAUGUCAUCAUCUUGCCCUUGAAUCCUGAAGAAUUGUUCAACAACACGCCCUUGGCUGGAUGGUAUGAGAAGGUAGAUCCCAGCAAGGAAGAAUAUUGGAUUCAUGUGCUCUCUGAUGGCUGUCGGCUAGCCUUGCUGUGGAAGUAUGGAGGCAUCUAUCUGGACACAGAUACCAUUUCACUCAAACCCUUGGAGUUCCAAAACUUCAUUGUUGCACAGUCAGCAAACUAUGCGAGUAACGGAAUUUUGGGAUUUAACCGUUCUCAUCCCUUUUUGGAGAACUGCCUGACUGAUUUUGUUGAGAAAUAUAAUGGAGCAGUUUGGGGCCAACAGGGUCCGACACUGAUAACCAAAAACUUGCAGAAGUGGUGUGGGACUGAUCUUCUCGAUCAAUUUCUUAACAAAGAAUGCAAAGGGAUUGGGUACGUGCCCAACUACUUGUUCUACCCAAUCCCACACACAGAUUGGAAACAGUAUUUUGAAAAAUACAGAUGGAACAAUAAUAAUGAUGCUGUCGAAAAGGAAUUCUCAAAGUCAAAUGCAGUCCAUGUCUGGAAUUUUCUGAGUGGUCGUCAGAAAUAUGAUAUUAAAGGAAGCCAAUCAUUAAUAGAAUAUUUCUACCAGAAAUAUUGUCCAAGCACAUAUGGAACUCUGUCAAAUUAACGUUUAUUUGAGUGAUGAUGUGUAAAAUUUCUAUUGAAAAUUAAUAAUGGCAAAAUUAUUGUUAAUCAAACUGAUCAUUGGCUGGUACCAAAUGGUCCCAGUUGGCUCCACCUCAUUGUACCUUUCCCUGUAUCUUUCUGCUCUCUGUGAGGCAGCUGGGUCAUGGUGAGGAACGGGUUUCCAUGCAACUAGCUGUCCUAUAGGAAGGUGGGAGAGAUGUAGGGGGAAAAUUGGGAACUGGGAUUACUGCAUUCGGAUCAGGGAUAAUUAAUCAUUCAUCCUCCAUAUUUUAAGAUCCUAGGGAUAUUUCUGGAAUCUUUUUUCUUUCUCUCAAUCAUUGUGUUCCCCAUCACCCUGUCUCUGGUUAGUGAGGGUUUUAAUGUUAGUGAUGCUGCCUAUAUGCACAAUAAUUUUAUAGCUGACACUGAAAACGGAAUCUGAAAGUCACUUUGAUCUGAUAUAUUCUUUGUAAGAUAUUUUUUGUAAGUAUAUUUUAAUCAUGUAUAUCUUGAUCGUUUAUUUUUGUUGAAAUCAUUCACAGUUUAUUUCUGUUUCCUGAUGGAUCAUAAAACUGAUGUAAAAGUUUGA